AUGGUGCAGCUUAACUCUGUGGAAGAGUAUUUUGAGGAUUUUGAAGCUCUUAAAGCUCUCAUGCUUGCUAAAAAUCCUUCCUUAAGCGAGCACUAUUUCGUCAUGAGUUUCAUUAGUGGGUUGAAGGAAGAAUUACACAACUCUGUAGCUAUGUUUUACCCCAAAUCACUUGCACAAGUCUUUUCCUUAGCAAGAAUGGAGGAACGGAAAUCUCCUGCAACUCCAAAGGCUUAUUCACCCACACCACCUAAAACUCCAUCAGCCAAUCCAAUUAUUAAGAGACUAACACAAGAACAAAUGCACAUUCACAGAGAUGAGGGUCUUUGUUAUAAUUGUGAUGAAGUUUACUCAAUGGGCCAUAAGUCCAAAGGUGACACUAUAAGAAUUCCUGGUCUUCGUAAGAAACAAUCUAUUUCCAUUCUUAUUCAUACUGGUAGCACCACUAGCUUCUUGGAUUGUUCUCUAGCUUCUAAGCUCAAAUGCAAAGUGAAACAAACUUCUCACAUGUUAGUUACAGUCGCCAACGGUGAGAAAACAGUGAGUACUUCUAUUUGUUCUCAACUUCCUUGGAGUAUGCAGGGUUAUCAAUUCACUGAAGAUUUGAGGUUACUUUCACUUGGUGGAUGUGAUAUGGUACUAGGAGCUGAUUGGCUUAAGAAGCUAGGUGAUGUUGUGUUUAACUUUUCUAAACGCAGUGUUUCUUUUCUUCAUAAUGGUCAUCAAAUUACUUUACAAGGAACUAUCACUUCACCUUCCCUCCUUAUGAUGAGUGGUACAACUGUAAAUUUUUUUUUAGAAAAAACCACACAUGGCCUUAUUGGUCAUCUAUUUUUUGUUAUCACUUCACCUAUACCCCCUCCAGUACCUACUCCAUUACUGCCACUUCUGUCGGAAUAUCAUGAUAUAUUUGUUGAACCAGCUUCAUUACCUCCUCACAGAACUUUGGACCACUCAAUUCCAUUAAAACCAGAUUCCCAACCUCCUACCAAAGGCCAUAUAGUCAAAAAGAAAGAUAAUACCUGGAGAUUUUGUGUUGGUUAUAUAAAGCUCAAUAGCAUCACUAUCAAGGACAAGUUUCAUAUUCCAAUUGUGGAUGAGUUGUUGGAUGAGAUGCAAGGAUUCAUGGUUCUCUCCAAGCUUGAUUUAAGAGCAGGUUAUCAUCAGAUUUUAUUGAAUCCUAUAAAUGUUUACAAGACUUCCUUUAGAACACAUCAUGGGCAUUAUGAAUUCAAAUUCAUGCCAUUUGGCCUUACCAAUGCCCCUGCAACCUUUCAGUCUCUUAUGAAUGAAGUCUUUGCACCUUACUUAAGGAAGUUUGCUCUGUCACAAUUGGAAUACUUAGGCCACAUUAUCACUCCUGAUGGAGUUUGUGCUGAUCCCAACAAGAUUGCAUCCAUGCAAAGUUGGCCACUUCCUACUUCAAUCAAGGAAGUGAGAGGGUUUCUAGGUUUAACAGCUGCCAUUUCUGCAUUUGAGAAACUCAAGCUUGCCAUGUCCACCACUCCAGUCCUUGAAGUGAAAGAUUUUUCCAAGCAAUCCACUGUAGAAAGUGAUGACAGUGAUACCUGCCUUGGUGUUGUCUUAACUCAAGAAGCUGAAAUCCUGAGGUAUAAAUCUAGACUCUAUGUGGGAGCUAGCAAUGGGGUCAGAGCCACCAUCUUAAACACUGUACAUACCUCUGCUGUUGGAGGCCGCUCUGGUAUGCAUGCCACUUAUGCGAGGGCCAAAACCCAUUUAUUUUGGCAUAAAAUGAAGAAAGAAAUACUUAUGUUUGUAGCUGAAUAUGACAUCUGCCAGAGAUUAAAGGUGAAAGCACUUUUCCUUCUGGUCUAUGCAACCACUUACAGUACCUGA